AUGGCGGCGGCGGGCGCGGCGGGCGCGGGGGGCCCGGCGGGCGCGGGGGGCGGCGGGGCGCGCGAGGGCGCGCGCGUGGCGGCGCUCUGCCUGCUGUGGUACGCGCUGAGCGCGGGCGGCAACGUGGUCAACAAGGUGAUCCUGAGCGCCUUCCCGUUCCCGGUGACCGUGUCGCUCUGCCACAUCCUGGCGCUGUGCGCGGGGCUGCCGCCGCUGCUGCGCGCCUGGCGGGUGCCGCCCGCGCCGCCCGUCUCGGGCCCGACGCCCGCCGCCGGUCCGCAGCUGCCUCCGCGCUUCUACCCGCGCUACGUGCUGCCGCUCGCCUUCGGCAAGUACUUCGCGUCCGUGUCGGCGCACGUCAGCAUCUGGAAGGUGCCGGUGUCUUACGCGCAUACGGUCAAGGCCACCAUGCCCAUCUGGGUGGUCCUGUUGUCCCGGGUGAUCUUGAAGGAGAAACAGAGCACAAAGGUCUACCUGUCGCUCAUACCCAUCAUCAGUGGUGUCCUGCUGGCCACCGUCACCGAGCUGUCCUUUGAUGUGUGGGGGCUCGUCAGCGCCCUGGCAGCCACGCUCUGCUUCUCGCUGCAGAACAUCUUCUCCAAGAAGGUGCUUCGAGACUCGCGGAUCCAUCACUUGCGCCUGCUCAGCAUCCUAGGCUGCCACGCCAUCUUCUUCAUGAUCCCCACGUGGGUGCUGGUGGACCUGUCGGCCUUCCUGAUCAACAGCGACCUGGCCUCGGUGGCGCCGUGGCCCUGGACGCUGCUGCUGCUGGCCGUGAGCGGCUUCUGCAACCUGGCCCAGAACGUCAUCGCCUUCAGCAUCCUCAACCUGGUGAGCCCGCUGAGCUACUCGGUGGCCAACGCCACGAAGCGCAUCCUGGUCAUCUCCGUGUCCCUCAUCCUGCUGCGCAACCCGGUCACCAGCACCAACGUCCUGGGCAUGCUCACGGCCAUCCUGGGGGUCUUCCUAUACAACAAGACCAAGUAUGACGCCAACCAGCAGGCCAGGAAGCACCUGCUCCCGGUCACGGCGGCCGACGCAGCCAGCAAGGAGCGGCAGCCCAACGGCCUCCUCUUCCCGCCGCCUGGGGACUAUCCAUACGGCCGCGAGCACCUGCAGUACAGCCGGACUGGUCACCCUGGCUCCUAUACCUUGAACCGCUUCGAUGUCUAAGCAGUGGGCCACCCCCAGCGGAGGACACCCCCACCGGGCACAGGGACACGAGGACACACCUGGAGUCUUUCACAGGGUCAUGGUCCCCCAGCGCUGUGCUUGCUGGUUCCUGGUGGGCCGCCAUAGGGCGCUCUUCUGGCACCCUUAGGGGGUCUGCCACUUCUGAGAGGACUUUGCCUUUGCACUUUUCUGGAAUGUUCUGUGGCUGGGUCCCUGGCAAGCCCCCCGGGUCUGGAGGCCACAGCCCACUCAUGGCAGGAGACAUGGGAGUGGCCGAGCCUGGGUCAGUGCACCAUGCCACGUGGACUCUGUGGAAGCUGUGGGGCCACCGGUGUGCAUUCUGUGACGACCUAACUCACUGACGCCCCCCGGUGAGGACCACAGGACAGGCCCUCGUGGAGGAGGCCAGGGGCUUCCUGCUCCAGGACUCGUGCCCUGUGCCUCACUCCUGGGUGCUGGGGCUGUCCGACCUGGUCUUGGAUUGCUGGAAUUUUGUAUUGAAGCAGUGGUGUCCCGGAGCGGGCCCUCGUCUGUCCCUGCACAGCCCCGUGGCUGCCUGCUGACUGCUGCCUGGCCCAGUUACCCUCCACUGUCUUUGUGUCCGUCGUGUGUGUGACCGCGGGGACUGCGUCCUCACCCCUGCCCUUCUGCUCCAGCUUGGACUGUGGGCUGCAGGAUGGAGUUGGCCGGACUGCACUGCCCUUACAGCCUGACCAACGGGAUGGGCUCAUGGGCUCCGAUCGCCUGCACGGGGCUGGCCUGGCCCACGCUGCCCCCUCCUCCCAUGACCGUGACGCUUCUUGGCUUGGCAGAGGGGCAGGUGGGCUCACAGCAUGACCCCGCACACACUUUGGGAGGCACAGUUUGAAGCACCUUAAGGUCGCAGACUCUGUGAGGCAGUGCGGCAGAAGCAGGCGAGGCUCAGCCGCGGACAGGUGGGCCCGGCGUCCCCAC